CAGCGCUCGCGCGCACCACUUCGGCCGCGUCAAACGCGACUAGUGAAGAACAUUUGCUGCGUACCACCUCUGUAGCAUCAACUGCAGCCAGCGCGAGCACACCUCAGGUUACGGGUUGGAAGUUGACCGAUGGCAGAGCAUAUGUCUGACCUCUUCAAGUAGGGAGAGGAUAGAUAUGCGAGCUAGAUCGGUCAACUUGCGACCGCUAAUGACGGUUUGAAGUCACGAUCCAUCCUGUUUUCUAGUUUUCCCACCUCACAGAAGCUGAUGUCUUUGAUGCUUCCUAGUACUCCUAGUGCCCUUUUUGGGAGUGUCGUCCCUGGUGCUAACAUGUUCU